GAAAAAAAAAACAAAAUGGCUUCGAAGUUGGUGAACGCUACAGCCGCACAGGUGACAGCAAUGAAGGGUGUUAUCCGGAACAGCAGCUAUGUGAUACCAGGACUAUAUGAUCUAUCCGUUGAGGAUACCAAUUGGGUGCUGACCUCAUCCUUUAUCAUCUUUACCAUGCAAACGGGCUUCGGCAUGUUGGAGUCAGGCUGCGUUUCCAUCAAGAACGAGGUGAACAUCAUGAUGAAGAAUGUAAUUGAUAUUGUGCUUGGCGGCUUCACCUAUUGGCUUUUUGGCUACGGCAUGAGCUUCGGACGCGGACCAUUCUCCAAUCCAUUCAUAGCCAUAGGUGAUUUUCUACUCGAUCCGCCCGUUGGCGACGAGCUGAUGGGACAAAUAUUUGCUGCUUUCCUGUUUCAAUUGUCAUUUGCGACGACGUCCACAACGAUUGUGAGCGGCGCCAUGGCCGAACGUUGCAAUUUCAAAGCGUACUGUUUGUUCUCGUUCCUGAAUACGGCGGUCUAUUGCAUACCCGCUGGCUGGGUGUGGGGCGAACAUGGAUUCCUUAACAAUCUGGGCGCCGUGGAUAUUGCCGGCAGCGGUCCGGUGCAUUUGAUUGGCGGCGCCGCAUCCUUUGCUUCGGCUGCCAUGUUGGGGCCACGUUUGGGCCGCUAUGCCGACGGUAUUGACCCGCUGCCCCUGGGCAAUCCGGUUAAUGCGUGCAUGGGUCUCUUUGUGCUCUGGUGGGGCUGGCUGGCCUUCAAUUCAGGCAGCACCUACGGCGUCAGCGGUGCCAAGUGGCAGUAUGCAGCGCGUGCAGCCGUAAUGACCAUGAUGGGCUCAUUUGGCGGCGGAUUUGUUAGUUCGCUUUACUCGUUCUGGCGACACGAUGGCCGCAUGGACAUCAUGGAUCUCAUUAACGGCAUUUUGGGCUCGCUGGUCUCCAUCACGGCCGGUUGCUUUCUCUAUCGCGCCUGGGAAGCGCUGAUCAUUGGUGCCUUGGGCUCGCUGCUGUGUGUUGUGGCCAUGCCGCUUUUCGAUCGAAUGGGUGUGGAUGAUCCGGUGGGCGCCAGUUCUGUGCACGGUGUCUGCGGUAUUUGGGGUGUCAUUGCCGUUGGCCUAUUUGCUGACAAUCCUAUACCUCUGGACACGACUAAGGGACGCAGUGGUCUGUUCAAGGGCGGCGGCUGGUAUCUGCUGGGAAUACAAACGCUGUCCGUCUUUUGCUUGGCCUGCUGGGGCAUUUGCUCGACGAUAAUGUUGCUAUAUGUCAUUAAUAAAAUAAUACCCAUACGCAUGGAUCCGCACGAGGAGCUGCUGGGCGCCGAUCUCACCGAGCAUCGAAUACGUCACUCACAAAUUGGACUGUCACGCGCUAUUUCUGCGCUGGCCCCCAUCAAGAUCGAUCUGCAAGAGAUUAUCGGCAUUCAGCCCAUUGGCAUCAAUCCGGGCCAUGAGCGCAGCAUCGAGCAGCUUCGCGCUGCGGACGACAAACUGCAGCAAUGGCAAUCCUACCUGGAGCAAGUGACUGGCAAGACUAAGAAGUUGGGCACAGCCCAGAAAACACUUGAGGAACAGCAACUUGAAACAGACAUAACGCUUAAUCUAAAAUCUGCCAACAUGGAGCAAGAAAAGCCGAGUAGCGUCUUUGGGCGCAAGGUGAGAUCGGUGCAUGUUAUAAAGGACAACUGGAGCCAGGACAAGGGCUCCUACAAGCCUAACAACAGUGAGCUGCCGGUUACUAGCCCAGUGGCCAGACUGGACAAAGAUGGCAACUUUGCCUGGUUGGACUAAAAAGAUCCAUUUCAAUUCAUAAACUAAAACCGCAGAAUAGUCAAGUCUUUAAUAUGAGUCUCUUGCAAACCCAUUGGGCUAAUAACAUGGUUCCUAUUCAAACUAUUUUUGACAUUAUAUAUUUCUUAUUUAGUUAGUUGUAGAUUGAAAUUUAAAAUUGUAUUAAUCAAUUGUGUCAAUUUAUAAUAGUACUACGCCCAUUUAAACUUUGACCCGCAUUUGUCAUCCAAGAGGGGUGGAUUUUGCGAAAAGCGUGAAACAUCUCAAGUGAAUUUGAACGAAGAUCUUUGGAAAUUAGUUUAAGGACGAUCGUUUGGUAAACAAAAAAGGUUUCAUACAACUAAUUUACCGAUUGGAAUUUUCUGCGAAUGGACUUUCCGAAAAUGAUAUAUGAGCUGCUUAUACUGAUCUAGAAUUCUUUAUUAUUAUUCAAGGGUAUACAAAUAAUAGAACUGCAAUGGACAGGAAGUUAUAAAGCUUUGAGGUAGACCUCUACAGGAGCUAGUUUAUAUGUAUAUAUCAAGAAAAGACAUUAAUUAGAAAAACCAAAAAAGAAACCCGUUGAUUCGAGACUAUUUCUGCGUUUACGCCAUGAAAGUCAUGAUUUCCCAAUUCUGCUAAAUUAAACAAAAGCCCUAUCUUAUGCUACAUUUUCAAAAUAAACAACCUAGAUUGUUUUUUAACAGAAUCAAUUGAUGCAGUCUUUUGGGCGCAAACGGCUGCUAGUAUAAGGCUCGCAGUUUUCGUAUAACUUCAGCUUUACCGUAUUAAAAAAGAUUUAAUUUUCUGCAAAUCUCAAAUUGAUUUAUUUUAUUCAAGUACAAGCAAAUAUUGUUUGGAUGAUCGAUCGAUGUACGAUAAUAAUAUAAUAUAUAUGUAUUAUCCUAAGUUUAUAGCAGUGUUUGGUUUCUAUUAAUAUUUAUAUAUAUUUUACGUGUUGCAGUUGUAUUAUUAUAAUAUAACUUUCAAGAGCAGUUGUCGUUUGUUCUUGUGGUUGGUUGGUAUUUUCUAAUUUAGAAUCCAAGUUGAAUAUGUUUUCGUGUAAAAUGUAAAUUGUGUAAUUGAUUUAUUGUGUGGUUUUUGGUUGGCGAGUUGAUUAAUCGACCUCCUCGAUGGUGGGGCCAGCACCGCCGGCACCAGCAGCUCCAGGAGCAGCGCCUGCGCCAGGCAUACCACCAGGCAUACCGCCGGGCAUGCCACCAGGAGCACCACCGGCGCUCUGGUAAAGCUUGGUGAUGAUUGGAUUGCAAACGCCCUCCAGCUCCUUUUGGCGGUGUUCGUAUUCCUCCUUAUCGGCCAGCUGAUUGGCGUCGAGCCACUUGAUGGUCUCGUUGCACUUGUCCAUAAUGGUGGUGCGAUCCGAGUCCGAAAUCUUGCUCUUCAGAUUGUCCUCGUCAAGGGUGGCCUUCAUGUUGAAGCAGUACGACUCUAGAGCGUUCUUGGCAGAGAUGGUCUCCUUCUGCUUCUCGUCCUCAUUACGGUACUUCUCGGCCUCGUUGACCAUACGCUCAAUAUCCUCCUUGGACAGACGACCCUUGUCAUUGGUGAUCGUAAUCUUGUUCUCCUUGUUGGUCGAACGCUCCAGGGCGGUCACAUUCAGAAUACCGUUGGCAUCAAUGUCGAAGGUCACCUCAAUCUGAGGCACACCUCGUGGUGCUGGUGGGAUACCCGACAG